GUAGUAGAGGGUGCUCGUUCCCUCCACAGUCCUGGGUCACUGGGUUCCCACCCAGCUCAGGCUUUCCGGAGGGUUACAGGAGACUCUCUAGGAUUGGAGGUUGCUAUGGCAACGAGGCUCUUGAAAUACUGAGGGAAGCCAAAACCUAGAGAGGCUAGACGCUCCUAUUCCGACCCAAGGGUACAGUGGCGCCCCCUACGCACAGGAAUCGUGCCUGGGUCCCCGCCCCGGGGCGGAGACCACCGUGGACCUCCGGGGGCGGAAGGCCGCUCUGGCCCCAAGUAGAGCCUCUCGCUGGUAGACGGGCUCGAGGGAGCCCCUCUGGGCGCAGCGCCGCCGAGCUGCUCGAUGCUCCGACCGGAAGUGCUCUUCACCGCCUGCCUCCCACUCGGCUCUCUGGUCCCGGCGGUAAGAUGGCGGCUGCCGCUGGGUGCGAUGUGGUAAUGGCGGCGACCGAGCCAGAGCUGCUCUACGACGAAGAAGCGAAGAGGGAAGCAGAAUCUUUCAAGGAACAAGGAAAUGCAUACUAUGCCAAGAAAGAUUACAAUGAAGCUUAUAACUAUUAUACAAAAGCCAUAGAUAUGUGUCCUAAAAAUGCUAGCUAUUAUGGGAAUCGAGCAGCCACCUUGAUGAUGCUCGGAAGGUUCCGGGAAGCUCUUGGAGAUGCACAGCAGUCAGUGAGGUUGGAUGACAGUUUCGUCCGGGGACAUCUACGAGAGGGCAAAUGCCACCUAUCUUUAGGGAAUGCCAUGGCGGCAUGUCGCAGUUUCCAGAGAGCCCUAGAACUGGAUCACAAAAAUGCUCAGGCACAACAGGAGUUCAAGAAUGCUAAUGCAGUCAUAGAAUAUGAGAAAAUAGCAGAAACGGAUUUUGAGAAGCGGGAUUUUCGGAAGGUUGUUUUCUGCAUGGACCGUGCCCUAGAAUUUGCCCCUGCCUGCCAUCGCUUCAAAAUCCUCAAAGCAGAAUGUUUAGCAAUGCUGGGUCGUUAUCCAGAAGCACAGUCUGUGGCCAGUGACAUUUUACGAAUGGACUCCACCAAUGCGGAUGCUCUGUAUGUACGAGGUCUUUGCCUUUAUUAUGAAGAUUGUAUUGAGAAGGCGGUUCAGUUUUUUGUACAGGCUCUCAGGAUGGCUCCUGACCAUGAGAAGGCCUGUGUUGCUUGCAGAAACGCCAAAGCACUUAAAGCAAAGAAAGAAGAUGGGAAUAAAGCCUUUAAAGAAGGAAAUUACAAGCUAGCAUAUGAACUGUACACAGAAGCCCUGGGGAUAGACCCCAACAAUAUAAAAACAAACGCUAAACUCUACUGUAAUCGGGGUACGGUUAAUUCAAAGCUUAGGAAACUAGAUGAUGCAAUAGAAGACUGCACAAAUGCAGUGAAGCUCGAUGACACUUAUAUAAAAGCCUACUUGAGAAGAGCUCAGUGUUACAUGGACACAGAACAGUAUGAAGAAGCAGUGCGGGACUAUGAAAAAGUGUAUCAGACGGAGAAAACAAAAGAACACAAACAGCUCCUAAAAAAUGCACAGCUGGAACUGAAGAAGAGUAAGAGGAAAGAUUACUACAAGAUUCUGGGAGUGGACAAGAAUGCCUCUGAGGAUGAGAUCAAGAAAGCUUAUCGGAAACGGGCCUUGAUGCACCAUCCAGAUCGGCACAGUGGAGCCAGUGCCGAAGUUCAGAAGGAGGAGGAGAAAAAGUUCAAGGAAGUCGGAGAAGCUUUUACCAUCCUCUCUGAUCCCAAGAAAAAGACUCGCUACGACAGUGGACAGGACCUGGAUGAGGAGGGCAUGAAUAUGGGUGAUUUUGAUGCAAACAAUAUCUUCAAGGCAUUCUUCGGUGGUCCUGGGGGCUUCAGCUUUGAAGCAUCUGGGCCAGGAAACUUCUUUUUUCAAUUUGGCUAAUGAAAAACCUAGAACCCAGAAAAUGCAGACUUGCUCAGUUUCACCUUGAAUGUGGACACAGUUCACCUCCUCCCUUCAUCAUGUCUCCAUGUCCUUAGAGCAGUUUUGUUUUUUCAGUUGGAUACCAUGUCUGCGUGAGUGGGGUGAAGGAAAGGGAGCCAGCGCCGAAGACUGCGGGUAGGGGAGGGAGGCGGGGGUGGACAGGGAGGCAGCUUGUGAAGUUUUGUUUUACUGUUUAACUUUAUUAAAAAAAAAAUUAAGAGAAUAAAAUGUUUUGACCCUUUCUGGCACUUUGCUCUGG